AUGCCGCCCAUGCCCCUCGAUCUCGAUGCUGCCCUGAUCGGACUGGGGAUCUACAUCCCCUUUUCCCCCUCCUCUUCAUCUCCACUCGACUCCGCCUCCUCCAGCAGCACAGGCGCAGAAGCCUCGUCAUCCGCCUCGUCAUCAGCACACCUCCUCAGCCCACCUUCGGCAUUUCAUACCCCUCAAGCCCAGACCCGGCGAUCUCGCUCUCGCGCGCACAUCCAGCCUGGGUCGUCUACCCCUCGAUCGCUUGGUACGCGGGGCGGGUUUCGUGCGCCAGGAGAGGGACUCCCCCGGUCCAUCUACGCAGGAGAGGAGAAUCCAUUCUUGCCUCUGCAGCUGCCGGAGUCUAAUGCGGACUCGGAGGAUGAAGCGAUGCGGGACCAGGACCAAGAGGAAAGGGAGGAAUUGAGGGGGAGUAGGAUGCGCAGAAGGCGGAGCAGGGAGUACGACGAGGCGAUACUCGAUGUAGAGCUGGACGCCUCGGAUCUUCCUCCCUCCCUCUUCAACCCUGCCCUGCUUUCUCCCCCUCCGACCGGCGGCAGGCGAUACAUCCCUCUCUCGCCUUCACCGCUCCACACCCCAAUCUUGCGCUCCUCUCGCCUCUCCCGCCGGACGCUCGGGGGCACAUCAGGCGGCUCCGACCCUUCUCUCGCAGGCUACAACCCCGGACCUGGUCCUACACCCUCCGAUCCCCAUACUCCUACUCUUCCCUCCACCCCUCGACCAGCCGGAGAAGCUACGCCUCUCGCUUUCGCCUCGCCCUCGCCGCACCCGACCCCGUCCGCUGUACGCGGGAUGGGCGCCAUAGCCAGCGCGCUCGCAGAGGACAUCGCACCCGUCCCCAAUCCCCUCUUCGCGGCCAGCAUAGCUCUCUCCGUCGUGCUCGGCGUGCUCAUCGUCGGGCUCGUGAGCGUCUCGGUCGCGUACUGUCGCCGAGGCAAAGGCGCGUCAAGGGGAGGAGGCGAGGACGGUGCUGGUGCUGAGGGAGAGGCAGGAAGGGAGAAGCCGAUGGGCAGUCCGAAGCGGCCUUCCUUGGCGGGAUUGUAUACGCGAAAAGGGAGCGAAACGCCCACGUCGACGAAGAGCAGCCAGAGCCCCUUCCGCGCUCUCGGUUUCGGACUAGGAUUGAAGUCCUCGGAUACCCUCACCAGCUUCUCGACCCAGCGCAACGGAGCGGCAGAUACGGACUCGGCCUCGCGCCCGGCUAGUAUCCUCAAAUCACCCAUCAUCGCUUCGUCGCCGGAUACGGUCUCCAAAGUCAGCUUCGGCCACGGUGGUGGCGGGAUAGGCGAGCCGACAUCCCCCCAGUCGAUCUGCGUGACGCUCAACGAGAGCCCCAACGGUGUCAGUCGGCAGCUGUACACACCUCCGACGUGGCAUGCGACGUCAGCGGGACCGUCGUCCCCGCUCUCGCAGUCUAUCGGCCCUUCCACAUCGGAUGCCUCGCUCGCGCGGACACCGGUCGAUCCACCGGCGAUGCCUACGGCAGUGCGGGAGUCGGUCGCGUCCCGCCUGAGCAUAUGUGCGGUCCCUCCUCUCGACUCCAUCCAGGAAGAGCCGUCCAGCGGGUCGGUAUCCACUGCAGACCAUCACCAGCCGGCGGCCGCCGUGCACGACAUCGAGGCGGAACACGAAGGCGAAUCCGUAUCCUACCACUCCUGCUCGGACAACAGCAGUAUGACUACCCACGCCUCUGACGACGCCUUUGGGUACACCUCGCGCCCCUCGACUCCUCUCGCGCGGAGCAUCAGCCUCGCCUCGCACGCGUCCCGGCCCAUCUCUACGGCGUCCCUCGCGAGCUCGGCGUCAUUCACGCCGACAAUAGAGUACCCGCACUACCCGUCCAUCUCGGAUCUGGCGCAUUCGGAAUUGGAGGCGGAUACGAGCUUUGAUACGGUCUCGUCAGUAUCGCCCGGGACGCCGGGAACGUCUAGGGGAUCCAGUCCGGUCGGCGGCGGGGUGCUGGAUUCGCCCCUUCCGCUCAUUCUGGGGUCGGGGGGCAGCUUCUUAUCGGAUGAGAAGGGCAGAGGGGGGCGGAGGAGGACGAUAGGUGGAAGUCCGGGGGCGCUGAGGUUGCGCACGAGGUUCGCUGUCGACGAUGAUGAGGAGGAGGAGGAGGAGGAGGAAGACGAAGAGGAAGAGAUUGGAGAUGUCAAGGAGAUGCCCGAGGCGCAAGAGAUGGCAGUCUAUGGGAUAGGAACACGGCAGUCCCUCUUUGUCGGUACGCUCCAAGUCGACCCCUCUCGGUCCGCUGCCGAAAUCAAGCGCUCCCUCUCCCUCCCCUCCAAACAACCCGUCAUCGGCACGCCCCCUUCCUCUGGCGUCUUCAAGCGCGCCUUCCGAGCCAUGCGCGGUCCGGCCCCAUCAGCCCCUCGCCCACCGACUCCACCUCGUCCCGCUCGCCGAAUCCAUUCCUCACCUUCCUCCACCUCCACCCUCAACACAUCCACCACGAUGGACAGCGUCCGCACCACCGAUACCGCCGAUACGGCCGAAACAAGCUGCACCGACGCCACUACGGCUACGGACGCGGACGAGGGGGACGUUGGCAUAGCCCGAUUCUCGACCAUGUCGUGGGACCAGCUCGGGUCUGCUGCGGGUUUUGAUGCGUAUUACCUCGGACAUGAGGGCGCGGGGCGGCCCGACUCACUGGCGGAUUCCAGUGUGUCUGGGAGCUCGGGAGACGAGGACGAGCUGGAUGCGGACACGUUGGCAGAGAUCAAUCAGGCGAGGAUAUCGUUUGGGUUUUUGUCCACGGAUCAGCACGCCAUGACGGAGGGGGAGCUGGUCAUGCAUCUAGAGGCGUUCCCGGAGCCGGCCAGUCAUUUGCCACAUAUAAGGAUCACGAGCCAUUAG